AUCGAAUCGAAACCUUGACGAGCAUUGAACAAUAUCUUUUUCUAACUCAACACACACCAUACAACCAAUAAUAAGAAGGGAAUCACAUCCAUCAAACCCCUAAAUUUUCAACAAAGAUUAUGACUUGAUGAAUAUGCAUGUAAAUCCCUUAUCUCCAUUCCCAAACUCCUCAUCAUUUUCAAUACAAAAUCAGCCAUCUUUCUUCUUCAUACCCAUAUGCAGAUUUGGGUAUGGAAGUAACCUCAAUUCUUCUAUCUUUCUUGAUUCCCAAUCUUUUUCGUUCACACCCACCACCAUAUACACAAAUUUCAAAAUCAUAAAAAGAAGAAGAAGUAGUGGAAAUUACCAUAGUACCCUUGUGAAAGCUAGUAAAGAAUCACCUUAUCAAGUUUUGGGAGUAUCUCCUUCUGCUACACCAGCUGAGAUCAAAAGGGCUUAUAGAAAACUUGCUUUAAAGUAUCACCCUGAUGUCAAUAAAGAGGCUAAUGCUCAAGAGAAAUUUUUGAGAAUAAAACAUGCAUACAAUACGGUUUUGAAUUCAGAUUCACGUAAGAAGUACGACUCUGGAAGCCGUACAUCUGAAGCGUACAACUACAAGCGUGCGGAAGAUGAAGAGUUUUAUGGUUUCGGUAAUUUUGUGAGGGAUGUCCAAAUAUCAUUAGGGGACUUCCUUAAAGAUCUGCAAGAAGAAUACAGGAACUGGGAGGCAAACGCUCCUUCACAAACAAAACCGAAGAGCUUAUGGGAGGAAUUAUCAGAAAUUGGGGAAGAGUUUGUCGAGUUUCUUGAAAAAGAGCUGAACAUCACAGAUACCGAAGAGGACACAAAGCGAGAAUAUAAAGAACCUGCAAGUUCAGGUAAGAGUAGAACUGAAAAUGGUAGUAAAACUGAAAGUAAAAGUGGAAGCAGUAUUGAAGAUAAUAUAGAUGAGAUUGAAGCUGCACUUGCUCAAUUAAAAAGGGAACUAGGGUUGUGAUUUUUUCAUACACGGUGAGAAAUAUUCACCUAUUUGAAUGUUGUUAGGUUCUUUGAUUUUGUAAUUUUGUUCAAAAAUACGAGUAUUUAUCUGCAAAUGCUGGAAUAGUUAUACAAUUUAAUGUAAAGUUGGAAGAUAUAGGAAGGAGUAUUGAGUUCUAUAAUUUUAUUUAA